AGUCAAUGGUUAUUUGUCAGAUUCUGAUAGUGAACUGGAGUAAUAAUCAAAAGAGCCUUGAUGGUAGACAUCUAAAGCAGAUAAGGCAGCAUUCUUCUCCCUUUGGUGAUGGGUCACAAAGAUUGGCUCAUUACUUUGCCAAUGGCCUUGAGGCACGCUUGUUUGGGGAUGUUACUGGUGCACAAUUAUUUAAUUCUACUCCUACCCACAAGACAACCUCUGCUGAUGAUUUCUUAAAAGGUUACCAAGUUUAUCUAUCUCCUAACCCCAGCAGAAAGUUUGCACAUUUCUAUGCUAACAAAAUGAUUAAGAAAGCAUCUGCAAAAGCUGAAACUCUGCAUAUUAUUGAUUUUGGUAUCUUAUAUGGCUUCCACUGGCCAUUACUCAUCAAGUUUUUAUCAGAAAGAGAUGGUGGACCUCCGAAGCUGAGGAUCACAGGGAUAGAGUUCCCUUUACCUGGCUUUCGCCUCACACAAAGGAUUGAGGAGACUGGUCGUCGUUUGGCUAACUAUUGCAAGCGCUUCAAUGUUCCCUUUGAGUACACUGCCAUAGCAUCACGGAACUGGGAAACCAUUGGAGUUGAAGACCUUAAAAUUAAGAGCAACGAGUUUGUUGCUGUAAACUGCAUGAUGAGGUUCAAGAAUUUGCUGGAUGAGACUAGUGAAAUGAACAGUCCCAGAGAUGCUGUUCUGCUUUUGAUCAGGAAGAUAAAUCCAGAUAUUUUUGCUCAGGCCAUCAUUAAUGGAUCGUUCAGCACCCCUUUCUUUGCCACACGGUUUAGGGAGGCCUUGUUCCAUUUUUCUGCUGUUUUUGACAUGCUUGACACUGUCAUAUCCCGGGAAAACCAAUGGAGGAUGAUGAAUGAGAGGGAGAUCAUAGGUCCGAACUCUAUGAAUGUAAUAGCAUGUGAAGGUUUUGAGAUUGAGAGGCCUGAGACAUACAAACAAUGGCAGGUUAGGAACACAGGGGCUGGCUUCAAGCAGCUUCCCCUGAACCAGAAAUUAAUGGCCAAAUUUAGGAGCAAGUUAAGGAAAUGGCAACCGGAUAAUUUUUUGAUUGAUGAAGACAGUAAUUGAAUGCUUCAGAGUUGGAAAGGACGCAUUUUGUCUGGUUGUACUAUCUGGGUG